CUCUCUUUUCAGAUGUAUGCAUCGAAUGUCGAAAGACGAAUCGGAGAAACUCAACUCGCCAAGGAACGAAGAGUCUGAAGAAUACGUUAAUGUCGGAAAAGCUCAAUCGGUAUCCAGCAAGAAAUGUCUGUCAUCGACGCAUCUUAGCGAUUUUGACGAGAAAUUGGAAAGAUACAAUUCGGCAAAUUCUCCGAACAACUCUGAACAAACGCAGAAACCUCAAGAGAAACAUACGACGAAUUCCCAAGAAUGUACAAAACAAUCAAAACAAUUAUUGAAACCACACGUCAAAUUAAUUCGCUCGAAAACGACGAAGGGUGACGAAAGUGCUUCUCACAAGUGUGAGGAGUGCGGAAAAAUUCUUUCCACAUCGUAUAAUCUGCUAAUUCAUCAUAACAUUCACGCUGGCGUACGGCCGUACAUUUGUUCCAUUUGCAACAAGAGUUUUCGAUCAGCAUCUGGUCUGAACAGGCACGUGCGCGACGUCCACGACGGCGUUAAAAAUUUCGCCUGCGAUAUUUGCGGCCGUCAUCUUGCCUCGAAAGCAUCGAGAGACGAGCACAGGCGCACUCACUCCAGUGAGAGGCCUCACGUGUGCGAGACUUGCGGCAAAUCCUUCAAGCAGAAGGCGUCCCUGCAUGUGCACCGACUCUAUCAUUCCCAGAUCCUGCCAUAUCAUUGUGUUCUGUGCGACCGUGGUUUCAGAAGAAAACAGGAAUUGGACAAGCACGCGAUUUGGCACUCUGAUCGAAAGCCGUAUGCCUGCGAUAUCUGUGGCGAGCGUUUCCGCAGCAAAGGUUGCAUCACCCGUCAUCAACGCACUCAUACCAAUCAACGCUUGUAUGGUUGCGUAAUCUGCGGCGCCAAAUUUACUCAGGAGCGAUAUCUGAAGAGACACUGUGGCAAUUUACAUACGGCUGUACGCACAUAAAAGACAAGAUGCAGGAUUUAUUUUUGGACGAAUGAAAUUGUGGAACAUUUGCCGAUUGUUAAACUUGAUGCCAUCAAUACACCAGCUAUUAAUCCUUCGAAUACUUUAAAAUUAGAUGAGAAAAAGAAGAACUAAACAAUCCUUUAUCUUACAAAAAAAUCAUUCGUAUUGAUUUCAUUAUAUUUUCUGUAUCGAAUCGAAGGGAGUUUUAUGCAUUAAAGAAAAAAAAAUCACAGA